AACAUGGGAUAUGCCUCCGGGAGCUGAGGUAUUAACACUUAUUUCUGAGGUUAAGAUGAAGUAGCCGUACUGAGACAUGGGAGGGGCCUUGAAUCCUGCCUUGUCUUUAAAGUCCUGUGAGGAAUAAUGGCUACUAGACGUGUUCAUCUUGAGGAUGACCUUUCCUGUCCAAUUUGUGGGCAUAUUCUCAGCCAGCCAGUUGUGCUCACUUGCAGACAUAGAUUCUGCAAAGCCUGUCUAAAGGACAGCUGGGAUACACAAGGCAGUGGGGAUUCACACUACUGUCCUCUGUGCUGGCGCCGUUCCUCCAUGGAUCAAAUGGUGGUGAGCACUGUGCUGGAGAAAGCCUGUGAGUCCUUCAAGGAGGACAGAGGCAAGAAUGACCCAGAGGCUUGUAAAGAACAUGGAGAAAAGCUCACAAUGUUCUGUUUAGAAGACUUGGAACCGAUCUGUGGUGUGUGUGGGAAAGCAGCUGCACACACUGGACACAGGCUCUAUCCCAUUGGGGAAGGUGCUCAUGAUUGUAAGGAGGAACUGAAGAAUGCGCUGCUGCCUUUGAAAGAGAAGUUGCAGACUUACAAGAAGGCCAAAACGGUUUGUGAGGACAUGGCAGAACACGUUAAGAACCAAGCUGAGCAUACCGAAACACAGAUCAAAGAAGAAUUUGAGGCCCUUCACCAUUUCCUGAAAGAGCAGGAGGCUGCCAGGCUUUCCACUUUAAAGGCUGAGGAGGAGCAGAAGAAUCUGAUGAUCAACCAGAGGAUUGAGGAGAUGAAUAACGAAAUGACAUCUCUCUCCAACACCAUCAGAUUAGUAGAACAAGAGAUGAGAGCUCAUGAUAUCCCAUUUCUUAAGAAUUACAAGGAAACAAUAAGGAAAACCUGGCGGACUUCCCUUGAUCCACAAAUGAUUUCUGGGGCUCUGAUUGAUGUGGCCAAGCACUUGGGCUCUCUGAAAUAUAAAGUGUGGGAGAAAAUGAAGAGUAUGGUUAAAUACAAUCCUGUGAUUUUGGAUCCCAACACAGCAGCUAGCUGCUUUGUCCUCUCAGAGGAUCUCACUGUGGUACAGAACUCUACUCAGAUUUUCAGGCUGCCAGACAACCCAGAACGCUUUGACAUAAGUGCUGAGAUGCUGGCAGCUGAGGGCUAUACUUCUGGACGUCACAGCUGGGAAGUAGAGGUGAAGGACAACACCUACUGGGUGGUGGGAGUUGCCAGUGAGUCCAUCAACAGGAAGGGAAAACAUGUGCUGACACCAGCAGAAGGGUUCUGGACUAUUCGGUUUCGCAAUGGAGAGCAUAAGGCCUGCACAGCACCAUGGGAGCCGCUGAACAUGACUGAGAAGCCAGAAGCGAUAAGAGUGGUUUUAGACAUGGACCGAGGCAAGGUGACCUUCUACAGCCCUGGAGAGAGAACACCUCUCUAUACUUUUACAGAUGUCAUCACGCCCAGAGCCUUUCCCUACUUCUGUACUGCCUGCAAAGAGCAUCCACUGAAAAUCCUACCUUCAAGGAUAUCCUUGUCAACAGACCAUUAAUUCACCUUUGAUCCAAAUUGCCAAACACUGUAUAAAACCCAAUGAACGAAAUGAAGGGCUAUUAAAGCAGUGAAGUUUUGAUAAUUUGUUCUUUUUGCAGAUGAUUGUGGCAAUACAGGAUCUAGGGGCAGCACUACGUUGCCAUUAAAGUUGGAAAUGCAAGUUUUUUUUUUUUUUUUUAAAUGAACUACUCAAACAU